GAGGAGGGAAGGAAAGUGCUGUUCUGUGGAAAGGGGCGGAAGGAGGGGGAGGAAAAAAGGGAACAGAAACAUGGCGGUCAGCUGUCGGGACGGCGGCGCGGCGGGCAGCUCCUAGGAUACCUGCCGCCCGCGCCGCACCGCGCCGCAGCCCCGAGAGCCGAGGCGCCGGCGCGGGCUAGCGCUCCGGGCCGUUACCCCGGCUGCAGGCGGCGCCCCUCAGGACCCGGCCCGAAAGGCGGCGCAGGCGCAGAUCGGGCGGUAGCGGCGGCUGCUGCCGGAGCAAGUCCCCUUCCCUGCCCCGCCAGGGCGCCCAGGCCGCGGACUGGCGCUUGCAUGCCCCAGGAGGGAGCCGUGUCGGGGUGGCGCUGACGGAGGAGCCGGCGGCAGGAAAUAAAAUAGCAGCCAUGAUAGAAGACAAAGGACUGAGAGUGACAGACUACUUUGUCGUGGCAGGUCUCACUGAUACAUCUACUCUUUUGGAUCAAGAAAUAAAUCGUUUAGAUACUAAGUCAACUGGGCCUAAAGCUCCAAUUACAGAUAUUGCAGUUAUUAUCAAAUCAGCUGGGGAGACAGUACCUGAAGGUUACACCUGUGUUGAAGCCACUCCAUCAGCUCUCCAAGCAAACUUGAACUAUGGAAGUCUGAAAAGCCCAGAACUUUACCUCUGUUAUAAGAGAGGGAGAGAUAAACCACCCCUUACAGAUAUUGGAGUUUUAUAUGAAGGGAAAGAACGGCUCAUUCCAGGAUGUGAAGUGAUCCAAGCCACGCCCUAUGGUCGUUGUGCCAAUGUCAACAAUAGUUCAACUACUUCACAAAGAAUCUUUAUCACUUAUCGAAGGGCUCCUGUAAUUCGACCCCAGAAUUCCUUGGCUGUAACUGAUAUCUGUGUUAUUGUAACCAGUAAAGGAGAAACACCUCCUCAUACCUUUUGCAAAGUUGACAAAAACUUAAAUUGUGGGAUGUGGGGUUCCAGUGUGUUUCUGUGUUAUAAGAAGUCUGUACCUGCUUCAAAUGCAAUAGCAUAUAAAGCUGGUUUAAUUUUUAGAUAUCCGGAAGAUGACUAUGAGUCUUUCCCGCUCUCAGAAUCUGUACCUCUUUUCUGCCUUCCUAUGGGAGCCACUAUUGAAUGCUGGGAUCCUCAAACCAAAUAUCCACUUCCAGUUUUUUCAACUUUUGUCUUGACAGCUUCUUCAGCUGAAAAGGUAUACGGAGCUGCCAUCCAGUUCUAUGAACCUUACUCUCGGGAACUUCUAACAGAGAAACAGCUUAUGCAGCUGGGCCUGUUGACACCUGUGGAGAGAAAAAUUGUCCCCAAAUCCAUCAAUUCAAACAAAUGCAUUUGUUUACUCUCACACUGGCCUUUUUUUGAAGCUUUUAGAAAAUUUCUUAUGUUUAUCUACAAACUUUCUGUGUCUGGACCACAUCCUCUUCCCAUUGAAAAGCACAUUUCACAUUUUAUGCAAAAUAUCCCUUUUCCUUCACCACAAAGACCAAGAAUCCUUGUACAGCUGUCAGUCCAUGAUGCAUUAAUAUUAUCACAGCCAGUUUCUACACCUUUACCACUAAGUGGAGCCAACUUUAGCACCUUGCUAAUGAAUCUGGGUCCUGAGAAUUGUGCAACACUGCUGCUCUUUGUUUUACUUGAAAGUAAAAUCCUGCUGCAUUCUCUUAGGCCAGCUGUAUUGACUGGGGUAGCUGAAGCUGUUGUAGCUAUGAUCUUUCCAUUUCAGUGGCAAUGCCCAUAUAUUCCCCUUUGUCCUCUUUCGCUGGCUGCGGUGCUUAGUGCACCUUUACCGUUUAUAGUUGGAGUUGACUCAAGGUAUUUUGAUCUUCAUGACCCACCACAAGAUGUUGUUUGCAUUGACUUGGAUACAAACAUGUUAUAUGUAUCAGAUGAAAAGAAGAACAUGAACUGGAAACAGCUUCCCAAAAAGCCAUGCAAAAAUCUACUUAGUACCUUAAAGAAAUUGUAUCCUCAACUAUCUUCAGUUCACCGAAAAACUCAAGAAGGUUCAGCAAUUGAGAUGACUCCAAUUGAAGCAGAUUUCUCCUGGCAGAAGAAGAUGACACAACUUGAGAUGGAAAUUCAAGAGGCAUUUUUGCGCUUUAUGGCAUCUAUUUUAAAAGGUUAUAGAACAUAUCUCAGACCAAUCACAGAGGCUCCUUCCAGUAAAGCCACAGCUGCUGAUUCAUUGUUUGACCGACAGGGAUUUUUGAAAAGCCGAGAUCGUGCCUAUACAAAAUUCUAUACCCUUUUAUCCAAAACACAGAUUUUUAUUCGUUUCAUUGAAGAAUGCAGUUUUGUAAGUGAUAAAGAUACUGGAUUUGCAUUUUUUGAUGACUGCAUAGAAAAGUUGUUUCCUGAUAAAGGCACAGAGAAAACAGAAAAGGUUGAUUUUGAUUCAGCUGAAGAUACCAAAUUGAUAGAACUAGAUGAUUCACAGAAAAGUGAGCACACUGUAUUUAUAAUGCCACCAGAGCCACCUCCUGAUGAUGGAAAGGACCUGUCACCAAAGUACAGUUAUAAAUACUUUCCAAGACUGGACCUUAAGCUUUUUGACAGACCACAGGAGUUGAAACUUUGUUUUAGUAGACACCCUACUGGGAAUAGCAUUACAAACAGUCCAGCUCUCAUGGCUAAGAGAACUAAACAGGAGAUAAAAACGGCUCAUAAAUUGGCGAAGAGAUGUUACACAAAUCCACCACUGUGGGCCAAGUGUCUGUUCAGUCAUUGUUACAGUUUAUGGUUUAUUUGUCUCCCAGCCUAUGUUAGAGUUUCUCAUCCUAAGGUCAGAGCACUUCAACAGGCAUAUGAUGUACUUAUUAAGAUGAGGAAAACAGAUGUGGAUCCACUAGAUGAGGUAUGCUAUCGAGUAGUAAUGCAGCUUUGUGGACUUUGGAGUCAUCCUGUUUUAGCAGUGAGGGUCUUAUUUGAAAUGAAAACUGCUAAGAUAAAGCCAAAUGCUAUUACUUACGGUUAUUAUAAUAAGGUAGUUUUGGAGAGCCCAUGGCCUAGCAGUACCCGCAGUGGUAUCUUCUUAUGGACGAAGGUACGGAAUGUGGUACGUGGCUUGGCACAAUUUAGGCAGCCGGUUAAAAAGACUGUGCAAAAGUCACAGGUCUCCUCAAUAUCAGUUCUUCAGAAUGCCACAGGUGGAAGUGAUGGGGACACGGUGAGCCACUGUAGCGUGGAUAGUGCUAAUGAUGCUAACAAUGGGGAGCACACAGUCUUCGUCAGAGAUUUAAUCAGGCUUGAUUCCAUUGAUAAUCACUCUAGCACAGGUGGUCAGUCUGACCAAGGCUACGGGUCUAAGGAUGAACUUAUAAAGGAUGAUGCAGAAAUUCAUGUGCCUGAAGAACAAGCAGCAAGAGAAUUGAUAACUAAAACAAAACUGCAAAAAGAAGAGGCAUGUGAUGUUUCUUCUGUUGUGGCAAAACAUUCACAACCUAGUCUGGAGCCUCAGAGUCCUAGUGAAGCUCCUGCAUGGGGCAAUACUAUUGUGAAAGUUCCAUCUGGUAUAUUUGAUACCAACAGCAGGAAAAGUAACACUGGUAGUACAUCAAAUGUGCUAUUUUCUACUCAAGAUCAAGUUGAAGAUGCAGUUUUUGGAGAAGUUUCUAAUCUCAAGAAGAAUGGUGAUAGAGGAGAAAAAAGACAAAAGCAUUUUCCAGAGAGGAGUUGUAGUUUUAGUUCUGAAAGUCGAGCAGGAAUGCUGCUUAAGAAGAGCAGUUUGGAUUUGAAUUCAAGUGAAAUGGCUAUCAUGAUGGGAGCAGAUGCCAGGAUUCUGACAGCAGCAUUGACGUGUCCUAAGACCUCUCCACUUCACAUUGCAAGAACCCAUAGCUUUGAGAAUGUUAGCUGUCACCUGGCUGAUAGUAGGACUCGUGUGUCUGAAAGCACUUGGGAUCCUGAGCACAGUUCAUCUCCGGUGCUAGAGAUGCUUGAGGAAAGCCAGGAGCUUUUAGAGCCUGUGGUUGAUGAUGAUGUAGCUAAAAUCAUAGCUUCAGAAAAUAUAUAUGAUAGUCUACAAAGUGAUAGUAACAGUAAUCAGCCAAGCGACUUAAAAACAGGAUCCAAAGAUAUGAUGAAUAAGAGAAGUAGUUUAUAUGGUGUUGCCAAAGCUGUUGAGAGGGAAGAUGUUGAAACUGGACUAGAUCCUUUGUCGCUUUUAGCCACCGAAUGUACAGGAGAAAAAACUCCUCAUUCUGAAGAUAAGGUGUUUUCUCCAGUUAUUGCACGCAAUCUGGCUGAUGAAAUCGAAAGCUAUAUGAACCUAAAAAGUCCCCUGGGUAGUAAAUCUUCCAGUAUGGAAUUACACAGAGAGGGAAACAGAGAGUCUGGCACCACCACUGGGCUUAUUCACCCUUUAGAGAGGAGAUCAAGCCUACCUUUAGAGCCUGGUCUACCAGCACAGGAAAAUCCUGAAAGUGAAAAGAGCUCCCCUGCCAUGUCCAAGUCUAAAACUUUUACUGGACGUUUCAAGCCGCAGACUCCCUCUCGAACGCAUAAAGAACGUUCAACUUCUUUGUCAGCGCUAGUGCGUUCUUCACCACAUGGCUCAUUGGGCUCUGUAGUAAAUUCUUUGUCAGGGCUAAAGCUGGAGAGUAUACUCUCAGGGCCCAAGAUGGAUGUCCUAAAAUCUGGUGUGAAACAAGCAGCAACGGUAGCCACUAAGAUGUGGGGAGCUGUGACAUCUGCCUACAGCUACUCAGAUGAUGAGGAGGAAACUAAUAGAGAUUACAGCUUCCCAGCUGGCCUAGAAGACCAUAUGUUGGGGGAGACUAUAUCGCCUAACACAAGUAUCUCGGUCCCCAGCGAACUUACCCAGAGCAACACAAGUCUUGGCAGUAGCAACAGCAGUGGAGAUGUAGGAAAACUGCAUUAUUCAAUAGGUGAAGUUCCACUUCCAAGAGGCAUGAAAGGGCAAGAUUUUGAGAAAUCAGACCAUGGUUCUUCUCAAAAUACCAGCAUGUCUAGCAUCUAUCAGAACUGUGCAAUGGAGGUUUUGAUGUCAAGUUGUUCACAGUGUAGAGCUUGUGGAGCUUUAGUUUAUGAUGAAGAAAUUAUGGCUGGAUGGACUGCAGAUGAUUCAAAUUUGAAUACAACCUGUCCGUUUUGUAAAAGCAACUUCUUGCCUCUUCUCAAUAUAGAAUUUAAAGACUUGAGAGGCUCUGCAAGCUUUUUCCUGAAACCAAGUACCUCUGGUGACAGUUUACAAAGUGGAAGCAUUCCACUGGCAGGUGAAUCCUUGGAGCACAAACCUGUAUCCAGUUUACCAGAACCUGACUUGAUCAACUUUAUGGAUUUCCCCAAACAUAAUCAGACCGUAACUGAAGAAACAAGCUCUGCAGUUGAGCCAAGUGAUGAAGUAAAGAAAGCCAGUGGAGAUGUCCAAACUAUAAAAAUUUCAUCUGUGCCUGAUAGUUUAUCAAAGCGAAAUGUAUCUUUGACUAGAAGUCACAGUGUUGGAGGCCCCUUGCAAAAUAUUGACUUUACCCAGCGACCAUUUCAUGGCAUUUCAACAGUUAGUCUUCCAAACAGUCUGCAGGAAGUUGUGGAUCCUUUGGGAAAAAGGCCCAAUCCUCCACCUGUUUCUGUGCCCUACCUGAGUCCUCUAGUGCUUCGUAAAGAACUUGAAUCUUUGCUAGAAAAUGAAGGUGAUCAGGUGAUUCAUACAUCCUCUUUCAUCAAUCAACAUCCAAUCAUUUUCUGGAACCUCGUUUGGUAUUUCAGACGUUUGGACCUUCCAAGUAACUUGCCAGGACUUAUCCUCACAUCUGAGCAUUGUAAUAAAGGUGUACAGCUUCCUCUGUCGUCUCUGUCCCAGGAUAGUAAACUUGUAUAUAUUCAGCUGUUAUGGGAUAAUAUCAACCUUCAUCAGGAACCAGGAGAACCUCUGUAUGUCUCAUGGAGGAAUUUUAAUUCUGAAAAGAAAUUGUCUCUCCUGUCAGAGGAACAAGAAGCAACAAGCACUUUAGUAGAAACCAUUAGGCAGAGUAUUCAGCGUAAUGAUGUUCUUAAACCCAUCAACCUGCUUUCACAGCUAAUGAAGCCAGACAUGAAAAGACAAAGGAGUUUGUACAGAGAAAUCCUCUUCUUAUCAUUAGUGUCUCUAGGAAGAGAGAAUAUUGAUAUUGAGGCUUUUGACGAUGAAUAUGGAAUUGCAUACAAUAGUCUGCCUUCAGAGAUUCUUGAAAAGUUGCAGAAAAUUGAUGCUCCACCAAGUAUCAGUGUGGAGUGGUGCAGGAAGUGUUUUGGAGCACCUCUCAUUUAAAUAAAGGGAUUUAUUAGAAUUUUGAACACAUAAGGCUGGGGGAAUAGAGUCAAUCUGGAAACAUUUAAGGUUUUUUCCAAAUCCUAAGAAAUGGUGAAAACUGAAAUGAAGUAACUUUGGGGGCAAUAUAUAACGAAUUGUAAUUCAUACUGAAUCAUCUCUAAAUGUAAAAUGUCAUUAAAAUGUCCCAGGGUUUAUUGACACUGAAGAUUGUCAACUCCUGAACUGUUUCUCUGCCUCUGCUGAAAACCACUUUGGAAUUUCUCAGUAUUUGUUGUAGUUAGAUAGAAAUAAUGAGAAACCAUAUUCAUUAGAGGCAUUUUGUUUAUAUUUGAAGCUGUUGGGUUUGGGGACUGGCAAAUUAAACUUGCCUAACCCCCAAAACAAAUGAAAUUUCUCAAUUAUAAGAGCAACUAUUUGUGUAUGUGUGUAUAUGUGUGGGGCUGUGUAGGUAUGUGUACAUACAGCCAUAUUAUAAUGUAUAUUUAUUAAAAUUCUUAGAUUGAGUAUUGCAAUAGUCUUCUGAAAGGGUCCCAUUGACUAUUAAAUAAAUGACUACUAUUAAACUCAUCUGUAGUCAUUAAUUUCAAAAUUACCUGAAAGUCUGAUGACAACUGCCUUUCCCUCUGACUUUGAAUUUAAUAUAUCUUUACCUUUCAUAUCAUGUAUUAUCUUGCUUAAUGGAUUAUAUCUUAAAUAUCCAGUUAUUUCCAUUCUCAUCCCAAUACCUUAAUUUGCAACAGCUUUAAAAUUAGAAUAAAUGAGCCAGUCAUCAGACAGUUAAAAUGAAAUUAAAUCAGCUCCCUAAUAAUUAAUGAAAUUAAUCAGAGCAUGUUUUAAAUGCUAAAAUGUAUGUCAUUGGACCUGAAAUCUUUGUUCAGGCACAUGAAUUGUUGGUAUUAGUCACUUUUUAAAACCUGUGGGAUAAACUUGCACUGCACAGUUGUUUUAUUCUUGUAUAAUAUUUAGAUUUAUAUGCUUGUGAGUAAAUUGUGCAUUUGUAAA